AUGGCAAUGCGUGAGGUAGUUCUCCGCGCGGGUCUGGCGGCCAUGGUAGUCGUCCUCGUUGCCUUGACGGUCUACAAGAGGCAGGGCCGAGGAAGAGAAGUUUUGCUUGGAAGGAAUGUUUUGUCCUCCAGGGACAGUUGGCUGGGGAACAGAGCGAAAAAUCUAGAGAAAUCAGCUCAGAUGUUGCAAAGAAUGGCUAAUGAGAAGAUAUCGGAGACCAAGAGGAUCGAGGCGAUGCAGUCGUUCUUGAAGCAGGCAAGGAGUGAGUUGAAGGCGUACUCAGCAAACAUCGACGGCUUGGUGGAAGCAAGGGACUCCAACGUAUCACCGCAAGUUCUCGAUCAGUUUCCGAGGGAAGCUGCUGAAUUGCAUGCUCUGAUGGAUCACACGCUGGGAGAAGCAGACGCCCUGUCGUUGAGUUUCGCACAUGCCCCUGCCAUGCCCGCAAGAGAGUGGAAGAAGAGCACGGAGGUUCGCAAACAGGUCAAGAAGUCUGUUCAUCCCCAACAGUUGCAUACAAGUUCAGCUGCUAGCUUGCGGGAGCAAAAGGUCAAGGCUGUUCUCAACAAGUUGAAGCAGGUGAAAGAAUUCGAGAGAAAGAUGAGAAACCCUGCUCUGAGGAAGCAAGAAACGUUGAAGCUGUUGGGACAAGUGACGGCGGCUGCCAGACACGGGCAGACGCACAUGUUGGUUCAGCCUGGUCCGCUUCUUGGAGCGAUGAACGUGAGGGAUGGAGCGCUGGUUGAAUCCGACCCCAAAUACAGACCAGCCGACAUCGAGCAGGAGAGUGAAGACCCCGAGGUGAUAAAGAAUCAAACUGUGCCGGAGUACUCCAUCGAUGAAGACAAGGUUCUGGCCUGCAACGUUACGUGCCAGAGAGCGAUCAUCGACUCGACAUUCGGUUUGACUUUUAAAGUUGCGUCAAAGUGUGUGCCCGAAUGUGCGCAUGGGCACUACAUCAUGAAAUUGAGGGGCGAGCCUUUGCCGGCGUGGACCAAUGUGGAUCAGUUGAUUGAGCAGGACUCUCUCUGUCGCGAGGAUCCGGAGUACAAGAAGUGCAAGCUGGAUGCACUGGAGCCGGCGUGUGACAAGAUCUCCGAGUUCAUGCCUCAGUACUGCCUCAUUCAUACUGAGGAGGGCAUUUGCAAGCAGUGCAAACAAGCUCAGCUGUUUGAGGAGGAUCUUGGGGAACAUCACAGAAGCAUUCUGUGUCGAUCUAACGCGGAACGCUAUGAGAUCUGCUCGAAGAGAUGA